UAACUAUUGAAGUCAUGGUUACAAUCUGCCGACUGGUAAGGAAUCGCCAACCAUGUCAUGGCUAGCCAGAUCAAUCGCCAAUUCACUCAGACUCGACGACGUCGAAGAAGAACAAGAAGAAGAAGAACACGUUCCUAACAACAACAACAAUGACUUAAAAUCCACACCCGAAUCCAAAUCGGAUCCCGUUAAACCCGAUCCACAAUCACAAUCAUCGUCACCAACCACCGCACGUGGCGUCAAAGAGGAUAUCUCCGAGCUCACCAAGACCAUAUCGCGCCAAUUCUGGGGCGUUGCCUCUUUCCUCGCCCCUCCCCCGGAUCCCGAACCCGAACCCGACCCUUCGCGCCCACAAACUCAGAUCUCGAAUCCCGAUGAAGCCCUUAUUGCCGGAAUCAGAAGCGAUUUCGCUGAGAUUAGCGGGAAAUUCAAGAGCGGGAUCUCGAAGCUUUCGGGUAAUAAGGCGGUGUCUGAGAUUACGAAGAUCGCAUCGAGUUUCCUUCAACUUGGAUCUGAAGAGGAGCGUCCUCUCCACGAAUACGAAGGCCUCGACGGCGUCGUUGGAAUCACCGAGGAGGUGAUGCAAUUUGCAAGGAACAUAGCUAUGCAUCCGGAGACUUGGCUCGAUUUCCCUCUUCCUUAUGAUCCCGAUUCUGAUGAUUUUGAAUUGUCGGAUGCCCAACAAGAACAUGCUCUAGCUGUUGAACGUUUGGCUCCUAGGUUAGCUGCUCUAAGAUUAGAACUUUGCCCUGGAUAUAUGAGUGAUGAUUGCUUUUGGAAGAUUUACUUUGUACUCCUACACCCUAGACUCAGCAAAAAUGAUGCUGAUUUUUUAUCAACCCCACAAAUAAUGGAAGCAAGAGCAAUGCUGACUCAGACGUUGGACAAAAGAAGUAAGGAAAAGAAAGAGCCAGACUUGUCUGCUAGCGCAAAUGUUCAGUCAAAAGAGGCAGAUCACCAUUUGUCUGUGCCAAGCAGUGCUCAACAUGGAUCAGAUACUCUGAAGACAUCUGUUGUUGAAGCAGUCCCAUCUAUGGUUGUGCCUGAUGUUGAAAUGGAGAAACAUACCGUCCAAAGUACUGAAAUUCAGAUUAUUGACAAGUCUGUGGUUAAAGAAGCACCAGUAAAUCCCACUGCAGAAGAAUCAUCAUCCAGUUCUGCCAACAGAGUUUUGGAUGAUACGUAUGAGGAUGAUGCGGAUGAUUGGUUGAAAGAGGAUACUUCUGAAAUGGUUGGUGGCAGUGGAACAUCCUUUCCCACUGCUAAUGAGGAUGAUGUAUCUUUCAGUGAUCUGGAGGAGGAUGAAGGUGAGGUACCUGCUAGUUAUAAAAAAGCUACAUCAGGUUCUGAUUCUUCAGCAAAAGACUCUCGAGAUUGGGUUCAGUUAAGUAGAAGCUCAGCUAGCUCUGAUAAGGAUAUAAACUCUGUAGAAAGCAAACAUGCAGGUUCCGAGCAUGCUAGUGCUCGUAAUUCAGAAAACAAGGAUUCUAAUGACUGGCUUAAUGUUGAUGACAUUGAUGUAAUGUGACGAUGCUGCAGACCAUGUCCAAGAUGUAAGUGUUUUUACUAUGAUCCUCUUCUAUUGUGUUAAUAUUUGCAUAUAGUAUCUGUUGAUUAACAUCUGGAAACCGUAUUUGUGUACAUAAAGCCAGUUUCCGCUUGGCAUUAUGCAAUGUGUGGUUAUUAAUGCUCUCAAUUAAUUAAACUCGUGUUUAA